GAUACGGUUUUAUCUGAGUUCAGAGUGUGCAGUUGAGAGUUGGGUGGCUUUCUAACAUUAGUUUCAUUUUCAAUCGGGCGGUUACUUCCACGCCCUCUUCCCUUGUUUCCUCCGCCCUUCUUUCUCCUCUUAUAGUCUUUUUCUUUCUUCCCCUUUCUCUCACUUUUCUUCUCUCCCAUUUGCUUUCUCUGCUGUUUCUUACGAAGAGAAAGCACAAUGGCUUCUGCUUUCUCUGCCACCAAGUUCACUCAGCCUUUGCCUCUCAAUACUACCACUCCCAGAUCUCACGAAAACCUCUCUGUUUUCGAUCCUCUCAAAAGCACUACUUUUCUGGGAUCUACUCGCAAACUUCGCUUCACUUCUUUUUCCAAAUUGAAUCGACUCAAUUCCCACCGUCCAUCACCUGUUGUUGCCGUUUCUGAAGCCGUUAAGGAAAAGAAGCUCAAAUCAAAAUCCAAUCUGUUGAUCACAAAAGAAGAAGGCUUGGAGCUAUAUGAGGAUAUGGUGUUGGGCAGAGCCUUUGAGGACAUGUGUGCCCAGAUGUAUUACAGGGGAAAAAUGUUUGGUUUUGUUCAUCUCUAUAAUGGUCAGGAGGCUGUGUCAACUGGAUUCAUCAAGCUGUUGAAGGAGCAGGAUUAUGUUGUCAGCACUUAUCGUGAUCACGUUCAUGCCUUGAGUAAGGGUGUCCCUGCUCGUGCUGUAAUGAGUGAGCUAUUUGGCAAAACCACCGGGUGCUGUCGGGGCCAAGGUGGAUCUAUGCACAUGUUUUCGAAAGAGCACAAUGUGCUAGGUGGUUUUGCAUUUAUUGGUGAGGGAAUUCCAGUAGCAACUGGAGCAGCUUUUACCUCUAAGUAUAAGAGGGAGGUUCUGAAGGAGGGAGAUAGCGAGGAUGUCACUUUGGCAUUUUUUGGAGAUGGAACUUGUAAUAAUGGACAAUUCUUUGAGUGUUUGAACAUGGCGGCAUUGUGGAAAUUGCCUAUUGUUUUUGUUGUGGAGAACAACUUGUGGGCAAUUGGAAUGUCACACUUGAGGGCAACUUCAGAUCCACAGAUUUGGAAGAAGGGUCCAGCAUUUGGAAUGCCUGGUGUUCAUGUUGAUGGAAUGGAUGUUUUGAAAGUUAGGGAAGUGGCCAAGGAGGCAAUUGAAAGGGCCAGGAGGGGAGAAGGACCAACUUUGGUGGAAUGUGAGACUUACAGGUUUAGAGGACACUCAUUAGCAGAUCCUGACGAGCUUCGUGAUCCUGCUGAGAAGGCUCACUAUGCUGCUAGAGAUCCCAUAACAUCCUUGAAGAAAUAUAUGAUUGAGAAAGGGCUAGCCAGUGAAGCAGAGUUGAAGGCCAUUGAGAAGAAGAUAGAUGAAGUGGUUGAGGAUUGUGUUGAGUUUGCAGAUGAGAGCCCUCAUCCACCCCGUAGCCAGUUACUAGAGAAUGUUUUCGCGGAUCCAAAAGGCUUUGGGAUUGGACCUGAUGGGCGGUACAGAUGUGAAGACCCCAAGUUCACCGAGGGCACUGCCCAUGUCUAGGUUUUAGACUUUUGGUUGUUCUGCAUGAGGUUGACAGUAGAUAUUUAUAGCAAUCACUCGUGCCCUUAAAUGUAAUGCUUCGUCUUGUGUUCUAUUUAAAUUUGGUUUUUUUCUUACCUCUAAUUAAUCCUUGUUUACUGGACCCUUUUUUUUCCUAAUUUUGGAAUGGAAACCUCAAAUUCUUCA